UAGAAUUAUAACUUCUGAAAUUAUCUUUUAGCUUAUUUAUAUGCUAUGUGUUUUGGCUGUAUUCUUUAACUUCAUUUGAAGGACAAAUAGCAUGGUGAAUGGCGUCAUGCAGCGCUCUAUUGCAGAACAUUUUGCAUCUGAGAAGUCUCGAUUGAUGAGAGGGACACGUAGUCCUGCUCACAGUGCUCAUUCAAGUUUUUAUCGCACAAGAACCCUCCAACACUUAUCACAAGAAAAGAAAGCAAAGCGAGUACAAUUUUAUCGCAGUGGUGACCGUUUUCAUCAAGGUAUCACAUAUGCUAUUUCAAGUUCACGAUUCCGUUCUUUUGAUGCCCUUUUAACUGAUUUAACUCGUGCACUCAAAGAUAAUGUUAAUCUUCCAUUUGGUGUCCGCUCCAUUUUUACUAUUGGCGAUUGGCGAAGAAUUACCAGUUUAGAUGAGCUAGUGAAUGGACAAAGCUAUGUCUGCUCUUCAUCUGAAACCUGCAAAAGACUAGAUUAUCUGCGGAAUGCUUGUCCGAACUGGUCGCAAAACUCCGAAUUGAAGUCUAGAUCAAUGUCAAGAUUACCUGAUGGUAGACAAUCUUUCAAUGAUCACAAUCGAUUGUCAGAAGAGCGAAGAUCCUCCUUCAGAUUAAAUCGUGAUUUUAUUAGACCAAAAUUGAUUACAGUUAUAAGAAAUGGUGUUAAACCAAGAAAAGCUAUCAGAAUACUGCUCAAUAAGAAGACAGCUCAUAGCCUUGAACAGGUUGCGAAUGAAAUUACCUCGGCUAUAAAGCUUGACACAGGUGCUGUCAGAAAAAUUUAUACACUUCAUGGUAAGGAAGUCACACAGUUGAGUGAUUUUUUUGAAGAUGAUGAAGUUUUUAUUGCUUGUGGAUAUGAAAAGUUAACUCAUGAUGAUUUUGAAAUCAAUAAUUCCGAACAAGGCUUCACGAAACCUAUCUCAACACCACAAGCUCCUAGAAGAAGUUUUCGGGUAAAAUCCGGCGCAAGAACGCAACCUCCUCAGAAACCCAAAUCAAGGAUGCGGCAGAGUCAAGAUCAGCGAGAAGGAAAUGUGACUUUAAACCCCACUAAUGACUUGGCAAGAUCUCUAGCGGAUGCUGAAAAGGAAGAAGAUCCCAUCAUAGCUUGGCCUCGAGACCUUGUUCGACAAUAUAAAGUUAGAUCAAUGCUGGGUGAUGGAAAUUUUGCAACAGUGAAGGAAUGCAUUCACCGCACCAGUGGUAUAAGAUAUGCCAUGAAGAUCAUAGAUAAAACAAAAGGUACGGAACCGGGCCACAAAAUCGAGAAUGAAGUUUCCAUCUUGAAGAAAAUUGAGCAUCCAAAUAUUGUCAGAGUAUUGCAAGAUUUUGUUACAGAAACUGAAAUUUUUUUGGUAAUGGAGCUAGCAGAAGGUGGCGACCUUUUUGAUGCGAUUACAUCAGGUUCUUGUUACACGGAACGAGAUGCAAGUGGCAUGAUUUAUAAUUUAUGUAGUGCUUUAGCUUAUCUUCACAACCUCAAUAUAGUUCAUCGAGAUGUGAAACCAGAAAAUCUUUUGCUUUUCGAAUACUCAGACAGCAGUAAGGCAUUGAAACUAGGAGAUUUUGGUCUUGCGACAACGGUAGAUGGACCGUUAUACACAGUUUGUGGAACACCAACAUAUGUCGCUCCCGAAAUUGUGUUACAGCAGGGAUAUGGUGUUCAAGUUGAUGUUUGGGCUGCUGGUGUCAUAACUUACAUUCUUUUAUGUGGAUUUCCUCCCUUUCAGUCUGUUAAAAACCUGCAGGAAGAACUAUUUGAUUCGAUUCUAUGUGGACAUUAUGAAUUCCCUUCUCCUCACUGGGAUUUUGUUUCAAAGUCUGCACAAGACCUCAUCAACAAAAUGUUACAACAUGAUGUCAAAAUAAGAUUAACAGCAUCUCAAGUUUUGGAACAUCCAUGGGUAUCUGGAGAUGAAGCCUCUGACCAUGACAUGAAGAUGUUAGUAUCUCAUACCUUAUUAUCUCAUUUUCAGCGUCCAGCAUCAGGAACUCAUCAGCGUGGUAGUAAAAAAAGAAUGUAAGCACUGUACAGUAUGCCAUUUUUAAAUUUAGUUUCUGGUUCCAUCAAACACACAGGAAAUCUGUUAUAAGUACAGUAUGUUGCAGGCUUUGGGAUUUUCCACUUUGUAUAUUUAACAUGGAGCACUUUUUCAACACACUGAAAAACUUUUUUAUAUAACUGCUUCCAACAUCCGAUUGCACAGUUUUUCUUUCAUUUCCUAUAACAAUCAUUACAAAAUAGCUUUUGUUUUAUAAAUCGUGAAUGCAAAUACCAAGCUGCUACUUUGUGCUCAAUCAUAUCUUAAAUUAGGAAUUUGAGAGAACAUUUUGGUCUGAAUUUUGUUGUUCUGUAUCGGUGGAAUCAUUGUAAAAUUUUGUAAUAUUGUGUCCAAAAUAUGUUCCAUUUGUCUGCACUGAAAUAUAUUAUCUGCACGGGUAUUUUUUUUAUUAUUUGUUUAUAUAACUGGUGAAAUAUGGUAUAAAAAUAUUUUAUUUGGCAAAUUUUCUUUCCGUUAAAUUUAACCUUUUUGAGCAGUCUGGUUAAAAUUCAAAUUUUCGUGUAUACUUCAAAUUUCUAGUAUACUUUUCAAUAAGCAUGUGAUUUGAAAAUAAAUCGCUAAUGAAAUUCUCAUUGUUACCCCAAUAUAGCAUUUUGUUUGUCUGUUAUUUUUUUCUUAAACUGUCAACUCAUUGUUUGGUAGUAUAACUAUUUCCUUCCAUCAAAUUUAUUUAUGCCAGAUGUCCUCUGACUGCGAUUGCACACAUUAAAAAGAUAUGAAUUAUUCAUUAGCUUCUUUCUUUAUUAUUAUUUAUCAGAAACCAGUGUUAUAUUUUUUACAUAGCAUAUGCCAUCAUCUUGUACAUUUCAUAGUCUAUCACUGUUUUUGUAUGUAUUUAUACCACCAGCAGGAAUAUUCAAGUUGGCUUAAUGCCUGGUCGAUCUCUCAAUUAAUUUUGAUUUUCUCGAAUAUCACAUUUUUUGCUCUAGGUAACAAAAGUUGUUGAAUUUUACAUUCUCAACUUCUAAAUCGUUGUUAUCAAUGUCUAAAAUUUAUUCCACUAAGGACUGAUGAUAAUGAGAUUCAUCAAUUUAUACAAAGUUUAACAUGAGCUAUAUUCUUGAAAAAUGUCGAAAAUAAUACCAUCAACCAGUGUUUUUUGCAUGUUGUGGAAAAUUUCCAAAUAUAUGUACUGAUUGUUUUUGUUGAAA